AUGAAUAUCACAUCCACCUUCUCUGAGACUGAAGACAUUAAUCCUGAAGCUCUAAAAGAAGCAAACACAGAGUAUGAAGACAAGGGUGAUGUGCUGCCCAGUCACAGAAACUUAAAACCAGAGCUAUCAGUACCAAAUGCUGAGCAUAGUGAUGAGCCCCAGACCAUCAGAAAACAAGGAAGAAGUGGUAAUGAGCAACAAAUGAAAAAUGGCCUUCUAAAAAGCACCGAUCUCCUUUUGCUGCACAAUAAACCAGGUUUGGCUUCUAAUAACUGGGACAGCAACUCUGGAAGCAGUGGCAGAGAACAGUCCAGCACUGAGCAUUACCAGUUAAAGAGGCAUGAGAAACACAGCAAUACGGCAAAUAGAAAUGUUCUGGGCAAUGCAGAAAAUCCAGCAGAUGCUCUCAGUCUUGCACAUGAGCACAAAAUGUGGAAAUAUAAUAAAAAUACAGCUGGUGUAUCUGAAAACAACCAUGAAAGUGAUGAAGAAGGUGUGGAAGAGGAGGAUGAGGAAUGGGGUGAAGAAACUGAUUACAGAGAUAUGAAGCACAAAGACCACCAGACAAAUCAAGGUAACCAAUACAACAGACAGGAAAAUGAAAAUAGUAUGCAAACUGAUGAAAUCCUUAGAGAUUCCAGUCAACUAAUCUGGAUAACCAAGAGACAUGGUGAGAAAUUUGGCCUAGAAGAAGACAAGGAGGAUAGCCAGAAGAAGCCCUAUAAAGAAGAAAUUCCCCUCUCUCAAAAAACCCACAACAAAGAUCAGGAUGACAAGUGGCAAAGCCAAGAGAGGGAAGGCAACGUUCAAGAAAACUAUCAGAAUGAUCAUGACGCAGUGGUGAAAAGACAAGAUAUGGAGGUCAGUAGUGUUGAUGAUGAUGGUCAUGAUAGUGGUGAUGUUGAUGGUGAAGAAGAUCUCAGCAAUACCUGGAAAGAAACAGCCUACGAGGAAGAGGAGAGAAUCCAGAGUAAUGACCAGGAGAGCACCAGCACUGAGCGUGAAGAAGGACAAACCACUGAAGAUGAUAGUGCAGUUCAUAGAGAGACCCGGGAUUACCAAGAUGUCAAGAUUAAAGACCUUAUUCACUCUGAACAAUAUGAUUAUGAUCAUGAGCCACCUAAUUCUGACAGUAAGCACCAACUGGAAAUAAGUAGCUCUGUUCAGAGCAUGAAUUCAAAGGAACAUGAAGAUAAG